UGUUGUACUUGUCACUCAGCUAUCCCAGGAAUUUAACGCGACAUGGUAUCAGCUAGUUCGCCACAAUAAGGACGCUGUUAUUUAAACAACGUCCAUUUUACCGAGAAAGACCAAUAAAUUAUCGUCAGUUAUCAAGAGUGGGAAAAGUUUCAAGGAAACGCGCAGCUGCUGAUGCUCAGACGGUGUGCUCAUGUCCCCCAAAUGUGAUAUCAGUCUUUAAGAAGACACCUUCAAGCCUCGGCUGCAACCUUGACCUGUGUGACACCCUCUUCAUCCGCCGCCAUCGUCAUUGUACAUGCUCUUACAUGAAGAGAGGAGAGAAACCAGAGGGAUACAGGCAGAGACCCAAAACGUUCCCGACAAGCAACUACAGCUGCAACAGCCAACAGAUGCUGCAGGAAAUACGGAACAGCUUGAAGAACCUGUCAAAGCCCUCUGACCCACCUAAAGUGGACAUUGUUGGGAAAAUGCUCCCGGAGGACAUAAUGAGGCACCCGGGGCGAUGCUUUAACCCCAAGAACCCUCACCACAAGGCCUUACAGGAGAUCCGUGAGUCCCUGAUGCCGUUUGCCAAUGAGGCCAACACUUCAGCUGAACUCAACAAACACAUGCCAAUGGAGCCUCCGUUUGCUGGCUUUGAGGAGCAGACUCCUGGUCGCAGCGUGGGGGCAGCUGUCGACUACAUGACGAAGGUGACCUACCAGGACUCAAUCAGGGAACAGAUGGUUGCCAACCCAAGCUCAACAGGCCUCAAAGCCUCAGGUGGUCCCCACAUGCAGCAGUCCCUACUGAGAAGGCCUAGCUGGAAGGGCUCUAAAGAGUCCCUAGCUCCUCGCCAUGCGAUGAUGUACCGCUCAGAGAGUCCUGGGCCCCCACCUGCCUUCCCACAGGUUCACCCCGCCAGCAGCCAGAGAGUCAACCCUCCCCUGCUACCUCAGGUGCGCAGUGUCACACCUCCCCCCAUUCGCGGACCGAUGCCACCCGCAUCUUCAUGGGACAGCAACCCGUCGACCAAGCGUUACUCUGGCAACAUGGAUUAUCUUGUGCCCCGCAUCUCCCCAGUACCUCAGGGGGCCUGGGGUGAUGGCUACCCAGCCGCCUCAUCUCAGAAUCAGCGUGGGAUCAGCCCAGUGCCGAUGGGCCAUCAGCCCAUCAUCAUGCAAAGCUCUGGGGGGAAUAAGUUCACCUUCCCACCUAGCUGGUCUCAGAACGGCUCCCCUCAGGCAGACUACAUGACAGGAGGCAGCAGGCAGCCUCCUCCCCCCUACCCGGUCAACCAGAGCUGCCGGCACAGUCCCACUGACCAGCAGAUGCAGACAGGAGGACCCGCCUCUUCUCCAUCAUACGUUAACGGUGGGAACAUCCCCCAGUCCAUGCUGGUCCCCAAUCGAAACAGUCACAACCUUGAGAUGUACAACUUAGGUCCUCCCCAUUCUUGGUCUCAAGCCCCCCUUGGCCAAACCCAGCCACAGUCUUCAUCCGGCAACAGCAGCAACUUGGAUCUGUCUCCAUCAUGGCAGAGCAACAUGCCAGCGCGCUCCAAUUCCUUCAACAACCACCAGCUCAACAGCAGAACAGCCCACCCCGCCAGCUCCCAACCGUCGGCCACCACGGUCACCGCCAUCACGCAGGCUCCCAUCCUGCAGCCCGUUAAAAGCAUGCGAGUCCAGAAACCAGAGCUGCACACCGCAGUUGCUCCCACGCACCCGCCUUGGAUGCAGCAGGCUGCGCCACUUCCCACUGCCCCUGCCUACACAGAGCCCCCAGCUCCCCUUCCUCAGAUUCCCGUGGUAGCAGAGGUACCCAGCUACCAGGGCCCUCCCCCUCCCUACCCUAAGCACCUCCUCCAACAGCAAGCCGCACCUUCUCCCCCGGCUUACGAGCAAGGCGCCAGUAAGCACAGCACUGGCAGGGAGGAACCCGCUGAAGACGAGGGCCCCGUCGGAGACAACGCACGGGACAAGGUAGCGGACAGCCCGGAGGGCAACGCAGAAAAGGAGAAGAAGCAGAUCACAACAUCGCCUGUUCCCGUGCGCCGCAGCAAGAAAGAUGAGGAGCGGAGGGGGGAGUCGGGCCGGGUGGCUCUGUACUCGCCGCAGGCCUUCAAGUUCUUUAUGGAGCAACAUGUGGAGAAUAUCCUGAAGAACCAUCAGCAGCGAAUCCGGAGGAGGAAACAGCUGGAGUGCGAGAUGCAGAGGGUUGGGUUGUCGUCAGAAGCUCAGGAGCAGAUGCGCAUGAUGCUCUGUCAGAAAGAGUCCAACUACAUUCGGCUAAAGCGGGCCAAGAUGGAUAAAUGCAUGUUCAAACGAAUCAAGACCCUCGGCAUCGGGGCCUUUGGUGAGGUGUGCUUGGCCCGCAAAGAGGACACGGGGGCUCUGUACGCCAUGAAGACCCUCCGUAAGAAGGAUGUGCUGCUCAGGAACCAGGUGGCCCAUGUCAAAGCCGAGAGGGACAUCCUGGCCGAGGCCGACAAUGAGUGGGUGGUGCGUCUCUACUAUUCUUUCCAAGAUAGGGACAACCUGUACUUUGUCAUGGAGUACAUUCCCGGCGGGGACAUGAUGAGCCUUCUCAUCCGACUGGGCAUCUUUAAAGAAGAACUGGCUCAGUUCUACAUUGCCGAGCUCACCUGCGCUGUGGAGAGCGUGCACAAGAUGGGCUUCAUCCAUCGCGACAUCAAGCCAGACAACAUCCUCAUUGACCGAGACGGACACAUUAAGCUCACCGACUUUGGCCUUUGCACCGGAUUCCGCUGGACUCACGACUCCAAGUACUACCAGAGUGGGGACCACGUGAGACAAGACAGCAUGGACUUCAGCAAGGAAUGGGAAGAUCCCGCCAACUGCCGUUGCACUGACCGUCUGAAGCCUCUGGAGAGGAGAAAGGCCAGACAACAUCAGCGCUGUUUGGCCCACUCUCUGGUGGGCACGCCCAACUACAUAGCACCAGAGGUUCUACUCAGAACAGGAUACACCCAGCUUUGCGACUGGUGGAGCGUGGGUGUGAUCUUGUACGAGAUGGUGGUAGGACAGCCCCCCUUCUUAGCAACGACACCCCUGGAGACGCAGCUAAAGGUGAUCAACUGGAAGAGCACGCUGCACAUCCCGCCUCCCGCCAAGCUCAGCCCGGAGGCGUCCGAUCUCAUCGUGAAACUGUGCCGCGGCCCAGAGGACCGCCUGGGCAGGAACGGCGCCGACGAAAUCAAAGCUCACCCUUUCUUCAGGACCAUCGACUUCUCCAGCGACUUGCGUCAGCAGCUGGCGCCGUACAUCCCCACCAUCGCCCACUCCACGGACACCUCCAACUUUGACCCCGUGGACCCCGAGAAGCUGUGGAGCAGCGACAGCGACGGCGAGGACGACCUCGGCGACAUGGGCUGCUGGUUCCGCAACGGCAAGCACCCCGAGCACGCCUUCUACGAGUUCACGUUCCGACGCUUCUUCGACGACAACGGGCACCCGCUGAGCUGCCCCAAACCCAUCAAAUACGAGGGCCUCAAUGAGGACGAAGCCGACUCUGAGGGCACUGAGCAGGACGACGCCGGCAGCCAGGUGGCUCAGGGCCGAGACCUGGUUUAUGUGUAGGCUCCGGGACCUACAGGACCUACUAGAACCACUUUAGAGCUACUUUAGUAGGAAAGCGUCCACCGCAGCAGGAAUGAACCUGCCUACAUUUGAUUAGCAUUCUUCCCAUUGGCUCCCAAAAGGCUUAAUUUAUUGACGUUAGCGUGGGUACUUUGAUGUAAUUUAUUAUGUGUUGCAAUGGGGACUUAGCCACAUCGUAGAUAAGUAUUGAUUUUUUUUUUCACCAAAUAUAACAAGGGUUAACGAGAUAUAUAUAUAUAUAAUAUAUAUAUAUAUAUA